AUGGGGAUCCCCGGUCGUCCACUUGUUCUCCUUGUCUGGAUGUUGACGGCUGCUGGUGUGGGAGUGGCUCAGUCGCCGGAGUUCAAGAAGUUUCUGGACUCCACCGAUGGUGUGAACAUCAUUUUUUGUCUUUUGCUCGUAGUUCCGCGGUUCCACUCGCAGUUCGUUUUCAUUCCAUCUUAUUUCUGCGUGUUGGUUAUCGAUUUUGGUUCUGAGAGAAUGGCCGAUUCUGACUUGGUUUUGGGUGGGUAGUUCUGAGAUGAUAUCGGGGAACGCGAGUGUACAAGCCGACCGGUUUGGAGUUGUUUGUAAGGUAGGUUCCUUCUUUAGAUAAAGGAUUUCAGGGUUACGAUUUUAAGUCAGUGUGAUUGCCCUCUUGUUGAACAUACGAUUGUUCGAUGAAGUCUCAAACCGUUCAAACUACAAUAAUCAACAGGAAAAAUCACUUUCCGUUUCGCGCGCUGCUGUCCCGUAUUUACUGUAAACUUAGAUUCAGGGCUCAGGCAUGUUUCUCUCAGGUAAACGCAGUCUCCAAACAGAUCCAAUCUCUUUCGGGACAUAUUUUAGUCUUGCUCAUGGUCUUUUUCGGUUUAUUCGUCAUCCUUCACAUCCGAAGCGACUCAACCCAGUUAUAUCGUAUCUUGUAAUUAAUUUCCCUUAACUUUUUUCAUGGUUGGAGCGAUCAGGAGAUACGGAACUAAAGCUCUCAGCUCCAUAUGUUGGAUACGACGGAAAAAUCUAUGCUUGCUGCAGAAAGAACCUUUUUGCAUUUGAGAGUGAUGGAACUAUUUCAUGGAUCAUUCCUCUAAAUUAUUCUUGCCACAUGGAUAUUGCCCCAGUUAGCGAUGAAAGAGGAAAGGUAGCCAGUAAGCCAACAUGCCUCACUAUUUCAUUUUUAUGUCGGAGUGGACCAAUCACCUGGUCAUAUAACUCGGGCUUCGUCUCUUUAAAUGAUUAGUAUACUAUUGCAUUCGGUCACUUCAAAGUGCAUUGGUACAUUAUUUCUUCUUGCUCCCAAAGGCAGUGAGAGAAUUACGAUGCUCUACGAAUUUCAAUUAACAAGGAAGCACGUCCAAUAAACUGGCUUGAAUUUUCUUUGAUUUCAGAUACAGUGGCUAUGUCUGAGAACCCGAAUCAUUGUAGUUAUCUGUUGUUACAUCAUAAAUGAAUGGGCCCAUAUGCCCUUCUUAUGGAUGAUCACAUUUUCUAUGCUAUACAAAGGUUCCUUGCUCAACUCAAGGACAAAUAUAACUGGUGAAAUUCCUUUAAAUUACAUUCUUUGGACGGUCUUUCUUUCUGUGCCUUCGCAAUUCAGUAGUUUUAUUUUUUCUUCGUCAAAUUGGACUUAUUUUUCUCUUGUCAUGACAAGGAUUGUGAUGCAUUCAAUAGAAUCUUACUGGGUAAAAUUGAUGACACUUAAACCUCUCUCCAAUAUUUUAUCCUCGGUGGGAAUUUGAAUUUUCCUAGCAUUUCACAGACUAUUUGAAAAUGAAUAUUAUUAGAGAACAUAAGAUUCCAGGUCAAAUAAAGAAAUUUAAGAAGAAAAACGGUGUUCCUAUGAUCAUGAAUAUACGUACAUCUUAAUACCAGCGGAUUCAUAUGUAAAAAGGGAAAUCCACCUAAAAAUUGAUUUCUAUCGGGACAUAGUUUUGCCUCUCUAAUGAUCUCCUUUAGCUUUUCAAAAAUGUUACAACUUAAUGUAAUACAAUUUGAAAAUGGCCACUUCUCAGUUAUUUUCCCAUCUCUAGCACAAUAAUUAUGUUCAGUGCAAUAUAAAUGAGUCAUUAAUGGCUAUAUCUUUACAGAUUUUCGUUGUAGCUGAGGACAAAGUUCUACGAGUCAAGCCUUCAAAUAUAGGAACUUCGGAACAGGUCGUUGACAUAUUUUACGGCCCAAACCCAGAUAUUGGGGUUUCUGGUGAAAUCAUUGGCAUUUCCAUCAGCAUUUCUAGUUCAGCUAUAUUCAUCACCGUAAAACAUCACGGCCUAUUUGCAUUCAUGCUUCGUGGAACACGGCUAUGGAGUGCUGGACCUGUGCUAAAUCGAUUCGGUUAUCUUCAAGGAUGUAAAGAUCUGGCGACAGAUUGUUACUUUAACUCAGGCCCCACCGUGGAUCAAUGUGAAGGUAGUCUUUAUGUAAGGUUUUCUCUGUCCCUAGUUCUUCUUGACCCGUAUAUUCUUCUAAGAGGGAUAUUUUAUUAUUUGGCACUCUUCAACAAGGGCAUUAUUUUAUUUUUUUUACCAAUGAAAUUUAUUUUAUUUAGAAGAAAUUUUUACACUGAAACAUACAUUUAUAUGAAGUUUGUUAUUUUAAAUGUUCACUAUAUCUAGAUAAUGUUUUUUCUCUACUUGUGUGAGCUCAGAGGCAUCAUCUGUCCGCCUUGUAUUUAUUCAAUUUGUUUCUCUGCAUUCAGAUGUUGAAUUAACAGAACGCUUCUCAUUUUUAUCUUUUCCCGAUUUUAAUUAUUCCCCUCACCAGUGCUGAUCCGCGAUCACCUCUAAGAGACCUUAAGUGGUACACACGACCUCCCCUUACAAUACUUUUCUCAUGGAUUACUUGCACAUUUUUAACUUUCAGAUAUCGAAUACCGAAGGGCAGUUGUAUGCGCUGUAUACACUCAGUCCAGACUUCAGGUGGAUCCAGGAUCUUAGCUCGGUAGACAAAGUAUUCCUGAUUACACCAGGCAACAACGGCCGCAUAUAUAUCACUUUUCCAGAAAAGUCAGUUCUGAUGGCAUUGGAUGUUUCUACUGGAAAUGUAUUGUGGAAGCAUACCGUUGGUCCUCUGGGCAGAAUCGAUAUCUCACCUGUUGUUGACUCCAAUGGUAAAAUCAUCGUGAACUGUAUUCCCCUUUUUGUCACCAAGUGAAUACUCCGAUAAAAUAUCACAUGGAUAGUUGGUUAGUUUUCCAACUUGAGGACAGCAAUCAUACAGUGGUGUUUGGACUUCACCAAUGAAUACUGUUUAUUCAAUAAUCAUACGCUAAGUUCUUCAAAAUACUUCAAAUUUCUUUCUUCGAAAAAUAUUUCAAGAAAUGGAUUAGAUAUCUUAGGUAAGAUAUGCAGAAUUCAGCCUUCCCUGCUGGCUUCAUCAACGAUGUAAUGGAUAUACUGCUUACGUGUUUUGAAAGCAGUUAAAUAUUUACCUUAUACAUCUCUAUUUUGUUGCAUGACAUAAAUGGGCCUAACGCAUAUACUUUCUUCAUAAUACUCUUCCCUGGCCAAAUAUUUUCUACUUUUUCUGAAUUGAAAAUCAUUUUUUAUAAGAUUAUUCAGCAUAUGCGAUGGUGACGCAAACUAGAAUUCAAUUUCCCAUACUUUCCUGCGGUAUUCUUCCUAAUUUCCUCUACUUUUCUUACUUGCCAAGGAUGGGUAUCUAUUGGAUCACUGGAUGGAUUCUUAUAUUCAGUAUCACCGACUGGAGAUCUCAAGAAGUUCCUAAAAUCCUUCGCCCUCGAUUCAGUAAUUCGAGUUAGUCCGAUCCUUGAUUGUUCUGGUUUCGCACUUCAUGUUACUCAGACACACAUGGAGGCGAAGAUAAGUCGCUUAAUUGGCAACUAUACCUACGUAUCUGCAAUGAAUCCAGUUAAUCUUAUAUUUUCUGUGAUAUCUCCUGCCACCGGGGCUGUUUAUUCCAGAAGAAAAUUUUCUGGUGAGUCAACUGAUUCUUCGAUUAAAUGUGAAAUUUAUUCAGGACUAUAAAAAAAAAUUGAUCUAUUUAGUGCAUUUGGUAUCCUAUGAUUUUUCUCUUAAAUGGAGAAUUCAACCAGGUGAUGUAUUGUCCAAGAGCGACUUGAGAUUCUUUCGAUCGGAGGAGAGGAUUCUGCUUGCGCUGCUAGCUUCAGGAAGUGAGGUUCCCUCUCUCGCUCCAAAAUUAUUUUUGCGUAGAAGUCACAAAACUAAUGCAGUGAAUUUAUGAUAUCAGCUCUCAGAGAAUGCUUGUUUUAAAGGAAUUUCACAGGUUUUUUCUUGAUACAAAUGAAAUUUUACUCCUAAAUAUCGUACUCAUGACCGAAUUUUUUUUAAUUUCCGACUAAAUAUUUUAAAAAUAUUAAAUUUUAAUGUAACGAAGAUGCUUAGCAUUAGUUUUCAUCACAAAUAUUUUUUCAGAUAUUCCACGUAAUAAUAAAUAAAUUAAAAAAUAAAAUGAGUGAGAAUAAGUUUUUGUGAAAUAACUUAUCUCGGUGGGUAAACCUAGAAUUAAGCAAGCUUUUAAAGUAAUUUAAUCGCAUGAAAAGACAAGCCACCUAAAUUGGUUUCUCAUCUUCCUCUUGGAACAGUUUUCCCAUCAAUUUCUUUCCUUCUGAAGAACACUGCUGCCAGAUUUAUCGCCUUCCGAACUUUAUGCAUCCUCCACUUUAAUCAAUCUCCAUCCCCCAGAAAAAUCAUAAUUUACUCGAACAUGACGCUAAUAUAAUUCUGAUGCAGGAAACAACAGCCCAUGGCCAUGCUACACCACACGUAAGCGAUCACAAACAUUCUAGCAGAUGCUUUAAUCUUCUGCACCCUGCUCCUUUUCCCAUGGUCUGUUGCACUCAGUACUCUAUUGAUCAUCAGGUCAGAAGCUCAGCUGGACCUGCUCCCAAGCAAACCCCAAGAAUCUCAGCGUCUACACUGGUAAUAUCAUCAUGCCCAAUAACAUAUAUAAACUCUCUCGCGUAUAUUCCCUUCAUCAACCCACAUUAAGACAUAGAAUCUCUUCUCUCUCUCUCUCUCUUUCUCUCCAUCUCUAUCUCAGCUAAUGAGAAGGCAGUCGUUCUCCUCCUUUUGUUCCAACUUGCCAUCACACUGCUGCUGGCUGCAUCCGUUCGCUUCUGCUGGGUAUUCUGGAGAAAAAAGAAGCUGACGGAGGAAGACCUCGGGAAGUUCCUGGAGAAGAGGGUGAGAAGGAGGGAUUCGUCGCUUCUGCAGUGUUCUGAGAUCAGACGGCCGAAUAUGUCCUGUAGUUUUUGUGACAUCAAUCUCCUCCUUUCAAUUCCAGCGCUCCCUUCACUCGAGGAGGACGGAGUUGACCCGGAUAAUCUCAGAGCUUGAGAAGGCGACAGAGGAACCCAUGGCUGAGCAAGUCCUAGAGCAGCUGGAAGGCGCAGUCAACGCCAAGGAGGGAGUAGAGGCUAAGCUGUCCACCAGCUACAGCCUGGGCAGGGACGGGAUGGGCCCACGCCCUAAGCCCCUCUUGCCCUUGUACGAUGGGAAGCCGAAGAGCUACUCCUUCCACAGCGGGUACACGGAGAACGUUUUUUCCACCGUCUUCAACGCUCUCAGCUAUUCGUCUUCUUCCUUUGAAACAAGCGACGAAGACGAAGGGGAGACUGAAGAGGAUUCCAGCGGCAGCGGAGACCGGAUGGCCGCCGCCGCCAGGGGCAACAAGGCUCUGCAACAGGAGUCUUCAAGUGGGUCGAGGAAAAGUCAACUGGGGUGGGAAGAGGAGGAGAAGGUGGGAUUCAACGUUCUUGAAAACCCGUUGUUCAGAGGGGAGCUGCUCGACAAGUCGAGCAGGAACCGGCUGCUGGCUGUGGGAGGAGCUCAUUUCCGACCCGGUGAAGCGUGA